ACUGUUACAAACCAGUCUCCGUUUUGUUUUUCCUUUUGUUAUUUUGAGUUGGCACGAUUGGUUUUCAUCGUCUAGAAGAACAUGCAAGUGGGUCAAUCAAUUGUCCUCAUCACCUCACAAAUGUGAGAUGCCCCCAACUCUCUUUUACAUCUUAUAUAGAAACUGCGUGAAGCAUCACAAACCAUGCCAAUUUAAGUAAUCCAACAAGGAGGAGAUCAACCACUCAAUAUUUCUCAAUUCAAAUUCAAACCCUAGGUCAUGGCUUACCCAAAAUUUUCCAAUGUCCUCUCCUUCUACCUUGCAACAAUCAUAGCCAUUUCCCAAUUCUUGAUUUCAAUUUUACCUUUGCUGAAUCCAAUCACGCUCCUAAUCACAGUUGCAGAUUUACUUAUAUCAGUAUAUUUCAGGUCGUGUGGUCUUUGUCCCUGCACAGUUGAAUUAGAUGAUCAAACCACGAUGCACUUUUGGGUUGCAAAUCCUAGGAGGUCCCAGAAGCCUGCCCUAGUAAUGCUUCAUGGGUAUGGUGGCAAUUCAAAGUGGCAGUUCAUCCAUCAGGUGGGCUCUCUCUCUCAAAGGUUCAAUCUGUAUGUGCCUGACCUACUGUUCUUUGGCGACUCCUAUACAACUAGGCUUGAAAGGACUGAGAUCUUCCAAGCAAAAUGUGUGGCAGAAGGGUUGAAGAGAUUAGGGUUGGACAGAUUUUCUGUGUACUCCAUAAGUUACGGAGGGUUCGUGGCGUAUUGGAUGGCGGAGAUGUACCCGGAGUUGGUGGAGAAGACUGUGGUUGUGAGUUGUGGGAUUGGAAUGACGGAGGAGCAGAAGAGAGAGCAGCUCAAUAAGGUUGGAAGCAAUGCAUUGAAUCUCCUUGUGCCUCAAAGUGCUCAUGAUCUACGGCUCCUGGUGAAUCUAUCAGUGCAUAAACCUGGCCCUUCUAAGUGGGUCCCUGACAUUUUCCUUCGUGGGUUCAUCAAUGUGACCUAUAAACAACACAGGAAGGAGAAAUUAGAGUUGGCAGAGCACUUGCUGAGGAAAAAAGAAGAUCCAGACCUUCCUAUUCUAACUCAGGAAACACUGAUAAUUUGGGGUGACAAGGAUGAAGUCUUCCCUGUGUACUUGGCCUAUCAGCUGCAAAGGCAGUUGGGACCAAAAUCAAAGGUGGAAAUAAUCAAGGACACAGGUCAUGCAGUAAAUAUGGAUUCACCCACUUCCCUGAAUUCUCUUAUAACUUCAUUUGUUUUAGGUUAAUUUUCGAUCUUAGUCUUUUAGUAUGAAAGAUUUGUUGCAAUUGCAGGCAUGUCUUGACGAAGUUCUGUUUGUCAACGAAUCUUAACUAAAAAAUGGAAAAUAUCGUAGUGGAUCAAAGCAUGUAAAGGCCUUUAAUAUUGGAUACUUCAAUUUUUUAGAUCUAAA